AUGUCAGCUUCGCCGACGUCACCUCGCUCGUCCGAAGUGGCUGCUGAUCAGCCCAAGGAUACCAGCGCAUUGCCGGAACCCCUGUCCGACGCUCAACCGAAGUCUCAAGACGCAAAUCACGGCGAUCCUGCCGCACCUCCAUCUCCCGAGCGCGGAAGCAAAGCCUCGCCUAAUGAUUCCUCCUCCUCCUCCUCCUCCUCAUCGACAACGUCGUCCCAAUCGCGGGAAUCCGGCGAGGCCUCACCCGUCGCCGAGGAAAGCACUGCUGCUGUUGCUGCUCCUCCGCUACCGAACGAACCACCGCCUCCUGCGACCGAAGACGACGGCUGGGACUUCCAUUGGGACGCGACGAGCCAGGCGUACUUCUUUCACAACCGAUUCACCAAUGAGACCACGUGGGAAAACCCUCGGCUAGCCAAUAAUAAAAACUCGGUCUCGGCCGCGGACCCGACGUCGCGAGCGCAAGCCGCUGCUGUCGCCGUCGCCGUUGCCGAGCCCCCGAAAAACGAGCGACCACCCGCUGGAGGCUACAAUCCUGCGAUCCACGGGGACUACGACCCGAACGCGUGGUACGCGCGGCAGGGGGAGGGCUACGAAGGUAGCGGCGGCCUGGACCAGCAGAUAGGAAUGGUGGAUCCGUACGCGGCCAUCGGCACGUUCAACCGGUUCACGGGGCGGUGGCAGGGCGGGGAGCAGAACCCGGACAACCACAACGACGAGGCCAAGUCGCGGCGGCAGAUGAACGCGUUCUUCGACGUCGACGCCGCCGCCAACUCCCACGACGGCCGCAGCCUCAAGGCCGAGCGCGCCGGCAAGAAGCCCACCAAGGCCGAGCUCAAGCAGUUCAAGGAGAAGCGCCGCGCCCGGAAGGAGGAGAAGAGGCGCGCGUGGCUGAGAGAUUAA